GUAACAUUUUGCGUACUGUUUUUAGUGUACAUCUACGUGGUUAAGCAUUUAAGGUAAUUUUAGCUUCAUUUGGCGCUAGCUAUAAUAACCACUGUCAUUGAAUGGAUUUUAGAAAUUGUUGCUAAUACAUACCGACUACAGAAAAGUGACAUGGAUAAUUAGUCUCUACUUUUUCCACCCGGAAAAACAGAGGGUGAAGCGUUUACAAGAGGAAUUAUAAAAGACAUCUAAUAUCUGGGUUGCCUCGAUUAUAGCUACAUUUCACGUAAAGGCGUCUGUGGAUACCAUCUUCUUAUAGUCCAAUACGAUCAUACUAUGGAGUUUCUACCAGUGCUUGAGCCACUAGAUAAACCCAAGGAAGGAAUAUGGUAUUCUUUAAUACCCAGAGGAAGUGCUCCAGGUGUAAGUGUGGGUCACACUUGCACAUUUAUUCCAUCUAGAGAAGGAGGAAAAGGAAGAAUCCUUAUUGUUGGUGGAGCCAACCCCAGUGGCAGUUUCUCACAUUCCCAUAUCAUAAAUCUAGAUAAUCAUGAAUGGGACAUUCCAGAGUGGGAGGAUUUGGAGGCACGAUAUGAGCACUGCAGCUUUGUGCCAGAGAGCUUCCCACAGAGUUUGUGGGUUUUUGGGGGGGCACAACAGAGCGGCAAUCGCAGCUGUAUCCAGAAUAUACAGCUAACAGACAGUGGUUCUCACUGGAAGGAUGUAUCUGUAAAUGGGAAGCCCCCCUGUCCGAGGACAUACCACACCAACUCAGCCUGCCUUGGGGACAGACUGUAUGUGUUUUCUGGUGGUGAAGCAGGAGCUGCACCUGUGUCAGACCAAAAACUUCAUGUCUUCGAUACAGUGUCUUCCACCUGGUCCCAACCAGAAACACAAGGCAGACACCCACCAGCCAGACACGGCCACAUUAUCAUAGCAGUGGGUUCAAAGCUCUACAUUCAUGGAGGCAUGGCUGGAGACAAAUUCCACAAGGACAUGUAUUGUCUCGACACAGGGAGCAUGAAGUGGGAGAGAGUGCAGGCCAAAGGAGACAACCCACCAGGAGUAGCAGCCCACUCAGCUGUGGUGCUGGGAAAGAACAUCUACAUCUUUGGAGGGAUAACUGCAGAUGGAGCUAGCAACGCCAUGUACAGAUUCAAUACUGACAAAAAUAGAUGGCUCCUAUUGAAAUUUGAAGGAGAUAUGCCACCCAACCGCCUAGACCACUCCAUGUGUUUGUUGCCAUGGAAGGUGUGUGAUGAGGGGAAUGGAGAUGAGGGGCAACCCAACAGUGCAGCAGCCUCAGAGACAAUACAUCUGGCCUUUGUAUUUGGAGGGAUGGACACCCAGGGUGUCAUACAUAAUGACUGCAUUGUGACUGUGGUGACAUGAUGUGCCUUUGUGUUGUAAUAAAAUGUUUGUAUUACAUACCUGUUGCAGAUUUUGUUUUACUGGAAACCCUGAAACUGGUCAAGAGGUCAGUUUACUUUUUAAAAGCUUGUAUUAUAGAUACUGAAAAGAACAUUGUUUAGCAAAUACAGAGUGCACAGAGUUCUGAAGUAUAAAUCUGGGUGGUAAGAAAAGGUUUAAAAUUUUGCCAUUUGAGCCAGUGGUGAAUAUCUGUAAGAGUUGGACACAGUAUUGACUGAUUAAAAACAUUUGGUGAUCUAUGCCAAAUGUUGUACCCUA